AUGAAUCCAAUAAACUCUUAGAAAUAUAUCUUUUUUAUUAAUAUAUGCUAUUUUUACUAUUUAAAAAUGCUAGAUUAUUUGUGGGUCUUAAGUUAUUUUGCUUUGAACUCCAAGUUAUAAUUAAUAAAGUAUGAUGACUACUUCAAAAAGGAAUAAUUUAGUAACAUUUUGCUUAACUUUUAUAAACUUUAUGACAUAAAUAUAAAAAAUACUUAUUGA